CAUCAUUCCAAUGGUCGACCAGCGCGUCAGGUUACGGUCCGGACGUCUUUUGAUUUCGUUACCAACACUUUUCCAUUUCUCUUCCUGUAUCUCGACCUGCCCUCGAGCUUCAAUCCUGAAGAAUCGAUUAUCACCGUUUCUCAACUGACCAAUUCCCAUCAAUGGCGAAAAAGCGGAAGUCAGUGGCAUCGACUACAACGAAAAACGAUGAAGCGACGGAACGAGAUGCUGGUGGCGACGGCGGCGUGAAGAAGCAAAAGAGGUUACCUAGAAGGCAGGGUGCUCUGCGGUACAUCAUGGAAAUCCCGCUAGACGUGCUUUUCGAGAUCCUCGGAUAUCUGGAUCCCAUCGAUGUUUUGCGGUUGUCAAGGACAAGCAAGGACCUUCGUCGAAUUCUACUCUCGCGCUCAUCAGUGUCUGUGUGGAAAGCUGCACGUACGAACCUUGGAGUUCCCGACCCAAUUCCCUCGAUGAGUGAGCCAGCGUUUGCAAACCUUCUGUUUGACCCUCAUUGUCACUUUUGUCUGACCGCAACCGUCCAUAACAUUGCAUGGAAUGCCAGAUUGAGAUGUUGCAAAGCUUGUCUGCCCAUUCACUUUGCCUCUGCGGCACAGAUUCAAGCUCGUGGUCUUCUUACCGACCUGUGUCCAGAGAUCUUGUGGAAAGCGAUUCCAUACUACCCUCUGGACAAUGGCUCUUGUGGUCAGAGACGAUGGCAUAAAGUGGACGAAGUUUACCUCAUUUCAGGGGCAGAAGAAGUAUCGCCUCAUGCGUCUCGUAUGCCGACCGACUCGGAAUCUACGAAAUGGAUGGUCAACAGGCUGGAAACUCUUCUAGUUGAUAUAGAGCAAUCCUCAAAAUGCAAAAAAUGGAUGGAGCAGCGGAAUGCCGAUCGAGGGAGGGAAUUAUUUGAUGCACGCGAGUCGCGAUACAACGCGAUUAUUGUCAAGUUGGAAGCUAUGGGUUGGGAACAUGAGUUGACUUUCGCACAGGGACGUCAAGAGUUGAAACAGCACAAAUUUGUGAAUCAGCCGAAACCCUUGACGGAUCGAAUCUGGCAGAAUAUCAAACAACCUCUCGCGGAGUUCAUGCAGACCAUUAAAGCCGAACGCCUGAAACGUGAACACAAGGAGGUAUGCCAGAAACGGUACAAGCUCUUGGCUGACAUUCUUCGGGAAAGGGAAAGUACGCUUACUGACGAACUGGUGAUGCCUUCCUCCAUUGAUGUUUCCUGCUGGAAACCUGUCAAAUCUGUUAUUGAAGAUCUACCGACGGAGGCUGGAGCUGAGGAUUCCAUGUUCAAUGAAAUACUCGAGGAACUCCCGCUGUUUAUUCAGGAUUGGAAUCGUGAAAAAGCUCAAGUACUGCUCGCCGCUCUUCAGGUACACGACCCUGAGGCGACAGAAGCCGAUCUUCGCUUAGCUACGUCGCUAUUCCGAUGCCAGCAUUACCUCUGCAUGCGAACCAAGGUGGCUUCGUUCCCCGCGAUUUUAUCCCAUCGACCCUUUCACCGUGGCUGGUCUUCAACCUCUCCACCCCUUGCACCAUGGUUAUCACAAAGCGCUCAACUUUCGUCGGACUGUAUCUUCAAAUUGCAUAAAACAGGCUCUCAGAACACCCGAAAGGUGAUGGAGUUAUGCGGUUUGGACUGUAUGUCGACUACUACCGAGGAGAUGCUUGUGAAGAACCCACUCGUGGAAUGUAAAGACUGUACUACCGAAGCUGGUGUGCGAUUGUUCAUGCGGUGGACGAGAGCGAUCACUCAUGGACAUGACGAUAACCCUGAAGCCCCUCAUUUUGUCCUACCGUCUAAGGCGGCAACGCGUGUUAUCAAAGCCCACGAAUCCACCCAAUCCAUUUUUCAGCCCAGUCAAGACAGACCUUGGUAUCGAUGCAAGCGUUGCCAUGAAUCUAGUCCUACCCUGACGGGUAUCAAGCAACAUUUAAAGGCAGGCCACGAUAUCGAAAGUACAACAGAAAUAGCCGAGAGUUUCCGCUUUAUGGGUUAUGUGAACCUGGAAGGGCCAAUUCCUGUUAGAGUUAUCCCCCAUGGAGUUGGAGAGGGGGAUUUGGAGGCCAACUUUCGAGUCUCGGAUUUGUACCUCAAGUAGGCUUGUUCGCCGAAUGGGGUUGACCGUAUUGGUCGAACCCAACAUACACCUUAAAGACUACCUUAACUAUCGCAACUUCGCGCACGUUUAAACUGACAACUUGCUCCUUUUUUUCCAUAUUUUCUUUCGUACUUUAUCAAUAACCUUCGAGUACGGUAAUAGAUUAGUUACUCCUGUAGUUUUUAUGUUAGGCAUCCAAUACACAAGUUACAUUACUCCGACACCGUCGCAGGUU